ACGUAUAAGUACAAGUAAUUAACUUUGUUUGUGGCAAAAUACAAUUCCUUGCGACUCUGCGGGCACGUUUGGAUCAUUUGAACUGUCGGUGACUAUGUCUGAAUGUGUAUGAACAUUAAGAUCUUUCUGGCAAAGAAAAAGAUGAACACCAGCAACUGUAACCUUACACUUACUGAUGGAGUCCAUCUUUUCCAAAUGGUGUUCUAUAUACCUGUUUUCAUUCUGGGACUUAUAUUCAACAUUUCAGCUUUGGUUAUGUUCUUCUGGAAACAGAAGAAUUGGACAGACACUUUAAUCUACCUAACUAAUCUGUCCAUUUCAGACUGCAUUCUGUUAUUUGCCUUACCAUUCAAGAUGCAUUCAUACAACACAGAAUGGGAGGCGACCACGCUAUCAUUUUGUCAGUUUUUGGUUUCGAGUUACUACGUCAAUAUGUAUGUGAGCAUCUUGACUGUAACUGUCAUAAGUAUUGUUCGAUAUGUGGCAAUAAAGUUUCCUUUUAAGGCCAAGACCAUCCAGUCCCGCAGGAAAGCUAUUAUCGUCUGCAUUUUGCUGUGGUUGACUGUGUGCUCCUUAAGUGCUGUUUUUCACUUGGUGGACACUCCAGAGAAGAACACCACUCAGAUUAAAUGUUUUCAGAAGAAUACUUCUAAACCCCUUCCUCUGUCUUUCAUUUUGGUUCUGGAGAUUGUUGGCUUUUUUGGGCCUUUUCUCAUCAUCACCUUCUGCUCAGUCCAAAUUAUCUGCACUCUAUCCAAAUACAAUGCUAUGAGCUCUGGAAGGGAGCGCACCAAAAGCAUUCGAAUCAUUGCUGCCAAUUUUGUGGUGUUUUUAGUUUGCUUUGCGCCUUUUCAUCUUGGGUUUCUGUUCAAAUUCUUAGUGGAAACUCUAAGACCUAAUAAUUGCCAGCUUCUGCAAGGCUUCCAUACUUUUGUUCACAUUGCAAGCUGUAUUGCCAACGCAAACUGUUGUUUGGAUGUGUUUUGCUAUUACUUUAUUCUUAAGGACUUCCGGAUUACCUCUGCAGCUCAAUCACCCAUAAGUGACAAAUUUAACAUGAAGAAAUUUUCCUUCCAAUCUGGAGUGCUGUAGAAUAGAAUGCAAUGCUGCAUAGUUGGGGAUGUAAAAUUUGUAUUUUUCCCCAUACACAAUGGAUUAUCUCCAGGACUAUACAUUUUUGAUGUUAUGGACGUUGUGGUUGUAUAGAAGCUACCUUAUGCCUCCUUCUCAGUGGUGGUGACUUACCGUAUGCCCAUUCCCAUAUCCGAAUGGUGGCUUCUGAAUAACACAAGACCAAGAAUGAGUUGACGAACAAAUGAAAGCUGACCAUAUUGCAGUCUGGCCCAGGGUGGUCCAACAUUUCCUUCUAAGAAAUACAUUUUGGGAAAAGAACUGAUGAUUGAAUUAGAGUAAUAUAUCUACAGUAGGUUCAGCAUUGGAGAAGAUGACUUAAAACUUUAAGUAUAAACAGUUCUCAAUAAUUAAGUAAUGGUUGAUAAAUAUGGACACAUUUAGCAAGAAAAGAAUGGCAACAUGUUACAAUGUGUGAGACUUUUUAAUAAUAAACUUUAAAGCUAUAUUUAACUACUGAG